CACUUUCUAUCUCAACUUCCCCUUUGACUUCAUCGAACUCAACACUCCACCCUCAUCCUCGAUGAAUAAUUUUCAUUCUUUCCUCCAAAUUUAGGGUUAGGAUUUCUAAUGCAUCAUCAAUUGUCCCGACCUUCUCGGUGAAACCCUUGACCUUCCUUGUGAGGACAACAAGAGACCACUGCGUCUCGACAAGUCUUUCGCAUCAAAGCUACUAUAGGUUUCAUUUUCCUGGUUACUUUAUUGGACCAGUAAGUAUUUCUACUAUAUCAAAGCUACUAUGUUUUGGUGUUAGGAUGGUGUUAUUUAAGGGUUUGUGUCUCCUGGUUGCUCAUUCUUGGUUUAGUGGGGUUUUAUAUGUUUUCUAUACCUCUGGAGCUUCUUAAUUUCCUUUUUUGAGGCCUGCCUCGAAUUUCUCCUUUUUUAUUUGCAUUAUUUGUUUCAUAAACCUUGUUCCAGAUACUAUCAAAUACUUCAACGCCUUCCUGAACCUUCUUGAGAAUACUAUCUAUCUCUCCUUGAAGCUUUCGACUCGCACCCAUUUGAUUACAAUUUUCUCAAUUUCAUACAAUUCUUAAAUGGUAAUUGAUUGGAGAAAUUUCAGUUGGUAUUUGCUAACUUCGUCGAUUAUUAUGGUUCUUAGAUUUGUGUUUGCUAUCACACACAAUCUUGAAAGACGACGCGGAGAUUCUAGAAGAUCUUGUCAUAACUUCACUGGUCUUGCAAAGGUGGCACCUGGUCUCAUCUUGAAGAGUCCUUUGGAAGCAUCGACAUCAUAUUCAGCGUCAUCACAAACAUCUGAGCAAGCUGACAAGACAGCGUCUCAAGAUAGCAAUUCUGACAUUGGGGCAAAAAAUCCACCUCCUAAAAGUGGAAGAGUCAGCUCUUCUGCUUCAAUGCCUACCGGGAACAAUUCCACUUCUGCUUUUAUAAAUGUUUCAGGUCAUAACUUGUCCAGAUCUCUGGCUGCCGAGUUAUUGGAGAAUUCUAUUGUAAAUCAAUCGGCCUCUACAAGGGAAGAAGAUAUUAACAACUUCCCUAGCCGUAGGAGGUAUGGAAGUCCCUUCCUGAAUCAGAAUGAUGCGGGCCAGCUUCGUGGAAGAACUGAAAUAGCUCCUGAUCAAAGGAAAAAGUUUUUGCAAAAGUUUCAGGAAGUGUAACAACAAGACCCAAUACCCUUCUUAAUAUGCCUUCCCUUGUUAAAGUCAAUAAGCAAUUAUAGGUGCUGCUAAAGAUGCAUAUAAAAUUGAAGAAGAACAACAACAUCGAAGUUUUCUUGACGAGUCAACAACGAAAUCUACUAGCACAAUGUUUUGGCAAGAAUUUGAUAGUUAAAGAUGCUUUGAAAUCAGCAUAUGUUGUAGAUUCACUUGUAGGUGUAUCUUCCUCUCUUCCAGAAGCUUCUCAAAUAUCUAGAGAUAUUGAUUUGUCUCCAGUCAACCUUUACAAUAAAAUCAAUCUGCUGACCACCUUGUUGUCAUUUGAAGAAGAAAUGGUGUUGACCAUGGAGCCAUUGGUGAUAGCUUUAGUGCAUCAAGUGUUAAUUUUGGUGGAGUGUGCAGUCAAUUAUAUAAUUUACAAGGCAAAUUCUUAUCUACCCUCUUUAAAAAGUUGGGUAGUUUUACCCAAGUUAGAUGUCAAUGGUUGAUAGGUCCAUGUGGUCACUUUAUUUUAGUAUUAACAUUAAAAACUAUUCUUAUAUAAUUGCAAAUAUACCCCAAAUACAUUAAAUGCAGAUUUUCAUUUCCAAUUCAAUUGUCUC